UCGAGUGAUGUGCUGGCUAGUGCUGCGCAUGUUUCCUAACUGUUACAGAAUUCCGGGCGAUGAGUGAGCAAGUCUGGAACAUUGACGGAUAGUUGACAACAGACCAGAACGGAAAGAUGAACUCUGUCGAGACAGAUGCGAACGGCGCUACUGAUCCGCUGGAGGCGAUGAACAAGGUAUUGGAAGAGUAUCCGGACGGUGGAGAGGAAUUUGAAGAGCUGAUCGCACCCGUCGAAAAACACCUGCGGAACGAAAUCCGGAAAAGAAACGCCCGCAUCCUGUUUAAGGUAUCCUGUUCUACCGCCUUGGCUCUGGUUACCAUUUUCGCUAUCGUCACCUACACUCCCGUCUACUCUCACCUGCGCGCCAUAAGCCGUCUCGGACUUAUCAAGUUGACUCCAUACUGGGACUGGAGUGAUUACUACCAUCGAGAUUGCCUGGUUGAGAAUACAUUCUCCAGCACGGAUGACUCUUUCAUACAGCCCGAUUGUUCGGCUUGUGAAGACAUUGGGACUGUAGACGUCAUCACUAAUGUAUCGACAAAAUUACUAAUGGAUCAUUACAUCGAUCAAAAUAUCCCUGUCAUCGUGGGCGACGGUGCAAUUGAUUGGCCAAUUGUAAACGAUCCCGAUUUAAGUCUCGAUACAAUCGCCAAGGCGUACCGUGACGACGAUUCUGGAUGGAAGAUAUGUCAGUGGAAAAGUAACUUACUCCUGUCAUCCAUUGAACUUGAUGAUUUUAUCCAACAGGUUAGCAGCUAUUCAUUCGAUCGGCCAUGGUUCGCUCAAUGGGAAAACUGCGGUCGUAAAAGUGUUAAAACUGGACGUCGAUUCUACUCAAGACCCUAUUUCAUAACGCCGGUUUUUGACAUUUCUUUUAAUAACUGGAUUCUCAUUUCUAAUCGUUAUCAAGCGCAACGCUUCAAACAAGUCAAACUGCAUACGAGAUUGGCAAUGAUUGCACAAAUUCGCGGAUCUAUUCGUCUUCAGUUUCUCCCGCAACAGGCCUGUAAAUCUGAAUGUCCGUCAAUUCAAUUCACCUUGCUGGAAGGUGAAAUAGGUCAGUUUAAAUAA